AACUUUCAGAUCAGUAAAUUGAGUAAUUAUGGCAUAUUCGUAUCGCGCAGACUACGGACCGGAACCUCCAAAAAGGUCACGGUACUAUACCGAAGCCGAGACAGAUCCGAGCUAUCAAUGGACUGCAACGCCUCUAGAAUUUGAGCAGAAUGAAGAUCAGAUGAAAACCUCAAGAGUUAUACAGCUUCAAGGUCUACCGAGUACUUGCAUUGAGGCCGAAGUUAUGGCCGUGCUUCGGAAGUUUGGAACCAUCAUAGACUGCUACAUACUAUCCAACAAAGGCCAAGCUCUGGUAGAGUUUGAGCGGAUCGAGGAUGCGGACAACGUGUUACUGUUGCAACAGCAGCGCCAUUGUAUAUCCAUUAGCAACUGCGUCCCCUCCAUUUCAUACUCCCACAUACAAUCUCUUCAGUCGCUAACAGAUCCAAGCGCCACUAUUAACAACGCCGCUACUGGAUCAUCUUCAGCAGGACUGAACAACGGAUUAGCAUCAUCCGCAUCCAUUCAUAAUCAGUACGGAGGAGGCAGCCAGGAUCCGGCGACGCUUUUACCAGCUAAUUACCCUCCGCAUCAUCUUCAUCCGGACUAUACGGCAGCGGAGCAGGAGCAGCAUUACCCACAAGGCGGCAAAGACAGCGGCUAUUACUCUCAAUCGACUGCUAGAACCUCUUCGUACGCAUCUGCAGGCGGCCACAAUCCAAGAGUGAGAAACAUGUCCAGCAGGCCGGAUGAGCAUUAUGCCAAUGGAGGGACCUCCAAUUCCGCCUCUUCAACGUCCCCUGCCGAGAUGACGAGAAGGCCACGAGAGAGAACUAACGAGAAGCCGAAUAAGGUGCUUCUGUUCACUAUCAUGCGGCCCGACUACCCGAUCAAUGUUCGGGUGCUGCUGGCAGUGUGUAAGAAGUACGACUGUGCCCCAGUGAGGAUGUACGUGUUCAGGAAGAGAGGAGUGCAGGCGAUGGUCGAGUUCGACUCCAUUGAGACGGCCACUCACGUCAAGAGGAACAUAGACGGGGCUGAUAUAUACUCUGGAUGCUGCACUCUCAGAAUCGAAUUCGCAAGGCCGGAGACUUUGAAUGUGACUAGGAAUAGCGAGGAUACUUACAACGUGGAACUUCUAGAAGGCAGCGAGGUUGCACCUCCUCAAAGAGGUUCCAGAAUGGACCCUGGAUUGUUGCCGGCACCCGAAGGUCAAGGAGACUACCAUGGAGAUCAUUACACCACCAGAGGAGUCCAGCAAUUGUCCCCCCAAGCAGGAGGACCAGGUAUGUCUAGACGUCCGGGCGGGGGAUACACGGUAGUCAGAAGUCCCCCUCAAGGAGGUGGAAUGGGGGGACGAAGACCAACCCAAGGGGGCUAUAGAGGGGGCCCAGCUAUGGGCUUGUCCGAGCCAGAAGUUUACAUUGAUUCGAGAGGAAAUUUUUCAUUGGGAGGCCGGCAGCCAGCGCCCCUAAUGCGCCAAAACGAUCCAUACUAUGUGCCUGUGGAUGAGCUGGAGCAAGGAGGCUAUGGCCCUCAAGCGGGAUUGAUGGAGAGAGGAGGUGGGGGAGGGAAUAUGGACCUGAUGCCGGUGGUGCUGAUGAUGUAUGGCUUGCAUGAGGAGAAGUUUGGACCCCAGCGACUGUUCAACCUCUUGUGUAUCUUUGGAAAUGUCAACAAGAUUAAGUUCAUGAAGAGUAAGCCAGGAAGUGCUAUGGUGGAGAUGCAGGGCCAGGAGGCAGUGGCCAGAGUCAUGCAGGUGGUCACUGGACUGGAAGUGUUCGGAUCCAAAAUUACACCCAAGCCUUCCAAGCAGCAGGAAUUGUUUGAGCGCGGAGGAGAUGACUCCAAAAUGCAGACUGGGGAGCCCUACUUUGUGAACUUCAUGGGCAUAAGGGAGCAGAGAUUCAGCACCCAGCUGGAGCGGAGCAAGAACAGACUGCAGACCCCGAAGAAGACUCUGCACGCGUUCAACCUCCCGAAAGGACUCACUGAGGAUGUGCUGUUGAAGAUGCUGGAGGACAAGGGCUGCGCAACUCCUCAGAAAGUGAAGUUUGUCGAGAACAAGUACAAAGAGGAGGCGAAGAAGGUGUCUGCGAAUGUGAUGUUUGAGUCCCAGAGUGAGUCCACGGAGGCACUGGUUUUAGCCAACCAUACUCUCUACACUGCACCGGAUAACAAAAAGUACACGAUGAAAUUGUGUUACUCCAGUGGACGAGACGAUUGAGAAGAAAUCCGAUUUGCUGAUCCAAUUUCGAAUUCUAACGACCGUCGCUGCAGACGAAGUUGCAGGAAAAACUGAAUUGAACGUAUCGCUUCAAAGUUUAAUUUCUCUAGAGUUGCUCGCAAUCUGUUUUUUCAGUUUCUCGGCCAGUGCUAAGUUCUGAGCGUUUAUCUUUGUUGCUUAAAAUUACUCUGAGCUCAGAAACUAUAUUUAAAAAUGCUUCGUUUCAGUUUUGCUGUUGUAUGUAAUAGAUGUAACCUUCGUUUCCUAAACUGAGUUGUAAAAUAAUCUUUAUUUGCGGAUCAUUUUCAUUUUAGUUGAUCUUAUUGAGUAUUCUGUUAAUUAUUAGUCAGAUUUAAUCUCUCAUAGCCUAAAAAUUUGUUUUCUCAAUCUUGCGUAAAAACAAAAUAAUCCAUCGAAAGCGAUUUGCAAGAAAAUUCAAACUCUACCCUAACUCUUACAUUGCUCAUACUAUGUGAAAAUUAUACACCCAUUAAACACCCCACAUAGAUGAUUAAAAUUACAUAACAUGCCAACAUACAUAACAAUACAUAUUCAACAAUUGUUUGGUGAUUAUUCAAUGUAGCCAAUCUCAACCUCACUGAUUAAAAUUAUAAAUGUCUGACAACA